AUGACAGAAGAAAUAAAGGACAUUAAAGAAAAUAAAGAAAUGAAAGAAUUAAAAGAAGUAAUUCGUAGACAACAUGAAGUUCUUUUAAAAUUAAAGAAAGAAAGAGAGAUAAUGGAAAAUGAAAUAAAGGCAUUAAAAGAAGAAAAAAAAGAAUGGUUAAUUGAAAAAGAAGAACUUAAAGGAGAUAUUCAAUGGAGAGAAGAAGCAAUAACAAUAAGAGAAGAAUUGUCGUUAGUUGCAGAAGAAUUAGAAAAUUGUCAAAAACAAAAUUUAAAUUUAAGAAGAGAAAAUGAUAGUCUUAAAAGUGCAGGAGAAGAGGCGUUUCAAAUUAAAAAAGAAAAAGAAGAAUUAAAAAAGAAAGUAAGUGAUUAUGAAACUAAAAUAUUAACAUUGGUUAAAGUAGUUGAGCAAUGUAAAAUUAAAGUUAAUAAUCAAACAGAACAAAUGAUGAAAUUACAUAUUCAACUUGAUGAAGAAAAAUUAAAAACUGAGAAUUGGAAUAAAAAGUGUUGUGAUAUCUGUAAAAAAGUACAAAUAGAAAUAACGCCAGAAGCUAUUAUUGAUAAACUAGAAGAAACAAUGAAUAAAAUUAAACAAAUGAAAAUACAAGUUGAAGACUAUAAAUUUAGAUAUAAUAGAGCAAUUGAAAGAAUGUCUGAUUUAGAAAAAAAUGAUAGUUCAUCAAUAAAAGAUAUUGUUUCAGAACAAAUACAUGAAAAUAACUUUAUUGAGUAA